CUACUUUUCUUUUUCAUUGAUCUCGUCUCUUUUUGCUGUUUUAAAAUUAAAUCAAAACCACCAUUCCUUUCUAUUUCAGCGUCUACUUUUAUUCAAAAACCUCCCGAGUUCUCAUCGAUUGAACUCGUUUCAACUCGGAUGCUAGGGUUUUUCCUUACAGUUAUCUGAAAUUGUGUGACUUAUCUAUACCAAAAUGUCUCGAGCGGAGGAGCUAUGGGAGCGGUUAGUACGGGCGGCGUUAAGAAGGGAAAGAUUUGGGAUGGGUUCAGUAGGACAUCCUGCUGGUGGAAUUGCUGGAUACGUUCCUUCAUCUCUUAAUAAUAGAGAGAUAGAUACAAUUCUGAGAGUUGCAGAUGAAAUUCAGGAUGAAGAACCUAACGUAGCUAGAAUUUUAUGUGAGCAUGCCUAUUCGCUUGCUCAAAAUCUGGAUCCUAAUAGUGAAGGCAGAGGUGUUUUACAAUUCAAGACUGGUCUAAUGUCUGUGAUCAAGCAAAAGCUAGCGAAAAGAGAGGUUGGGACCAUAGACAGGAGCCAAGAUGUUGCUCGCUUGCUGGAGUUCUAUAGGCUUUAUAGAGAGAAGAACAACGUUGACAAGCUACGUGAAGAAGAAAUGAUGUUGAGGGAAUCAGGUGUUUUCAGUGGCAACCUUGGGGAGUUGGAGCGGAAGACAUUGAAAAGGAAAAGGGUUUUUGGAACGCUAAGAGUAUUGGGGAUGGUAUUGCAGCAGUUGACAGAGGAAAUACCUGUGGAGUUGAAACGGGUCAUUGAUUCAGAUGCAGCCAUGACUGAGGACCUGAUUGCUUACAACAUUAUCCCAUUCCCACUGGAUGCUCCUACCAUAACAAAUGCUAUUGUGUCAUUCCCUGAGGUACGAGCAGCAGUGUCGGCAUUAAAGCACGAUAGGAGCUUGCCAAAAUUGCCUAGUGAUUUUUCUAUUCCCGAGACAAGGAGCCCUGAUCUUAUGGAUUUUCUGCAUUAUGUUUUUGGAUUUCAGAAAGACAAUGUUUCUAACCAACGUGAACAUGUAGUGCUUCUCCUUGCCAAUGAACAAUCUAGACAUGGUAUUCCUGAGGAACCUGAGCCAAAAUUGGACGAGGCUGCUGUGCAGAAGGUGUUUCUGAAGUCUCUUGAUAACUACAUCAAAUGGUGCAACUACUUGUGCAUUCAACCUGUUUGGAGCAAUCUGGAUGCUGUUAACAAGGAGAAAAAAGUACUCUUUGUUUCUUUGUACUUCUUAAUUUGGGGUGAGGCUGCCAACAUUAGAUUCCUUCCAGAAUGCUUGUGCUACAUAUUUCAUCAUAUGGCGAGGGAAAUGGAUGAAGCUCUAAGGCAGCACAUUGCUCAGCCGGCCAAUAGUUGUUCUAAAGAUGGUGUAGUAUCAUUCCUCGACCAAGUUAUCACUCCGCUUUAUGAUGUUGUCGCUGCGGAAGCCGCAAACAAUGAGAACGGCCGAGCACCACAUUCUGCUUGGAGAAAUUAUGAUGAUUUUAAUGAAUACUUUUGGUCACUUCAUUGUUUUGAUCUUAGCUGGCCUUGGCGCAAAACUUCAUUUUUCCAGAAGCCAGAACCAAGGUCAAAGAAUCCACUUAAAUUGGGAGGAGGUCAACAUCGAGGAAAAACUUCAUUUGUUGAGCAUCGGACAUUUUUUCAUCUUUACCAUAGUUUUCAUCGGUUGUGGAUAUUUCUCGUUAUGAUGUUUCAGGGUCUUACAAUCAUUGCAUUCAAUAAUGGACAUCUGAAUGCCAAGACUUUACGGGAAGUUCUUAGUCUUGGUCCAACUUUUGUAGUGAUGAAGUUUACGGAAAGUGUUUUGGAUGUCAUCAUGAUGUAUGGUGCAUAUUCGACCACACGACGCCUAGCUGUUUCCAGAAUUUUUCUUCGAUUUAUUUGGUUUAGCAUUGCAUCAGUCUUUGUAUCUUUCCUUUAUGUGAGAGCUUUGCAGGAAGAGAGUAAACCAAAUUCAAACUCAGUUGUUUUCAGAUUGUAUUUGAUUGUUAUAGGCAUCUAUGGUGGUAUCCAUUUUUUCAUAAGUUUCCUUAUGCGGAUACCAGCAUGUCAUCGUUUGACCGAACUGUGUGAUCACUUGUCUUUGAUUCGCUUUAUCAAGUGGAUGCGUCAGGAACGAUACUAUGUUGGACGUGGCAUGUAUGAGAGGACUACUGACUUUAUUAAAUAUAUGAUUUUCUGGCUUAUCAUCUUGAGUGGGAAGUUUGCAUUUGCUUAUUUUUUCCAGAUCAAGCCACUGGUGAAGCCGACAAGGACAGUCUUAACCAUGGAUAAUAUAGAAUAUUCUUGGCAUGAUUUCGUAUCUAGAAAUAACCAUAAUGCUCUGACAGUGGUUUGUUUAUGGGCUCCAGUGAUAGCUAUGUAUCUGUUAGACAUUUACCUUUUUUAUACUGUCUUAUCUGCUGUGUGGGGAUUCUUGCUUGGGGCUAGGGAUCGUCUCGGGGAGAUUAGAUCGUUGGAUGCUGUCCAAAAGCUUUUUGAGGAGUUCCCAGAUGCUUUUAUGAAGAGACUCCAUCCUGUUAGGGCUUCGGCAUCCUCUUCUAGUGAGGCUGUGGAGAAGAGCAAGUUUGAUGCUGCUCGUUUCUCUCCAUUUUGGAAUGAGAUUAUAAAAAAUCUUAGGGAAGAGGAUUAUUUAACUAACUUUGAAAUGGAAUUACUUUUUAUGCCUAAAAAUACUGGGAAACUCCCCUUGGUUCAGUGGCCCCUUUUUCUGCUGGCCAGCAAGAUAUUUUUGGCUAAAGAUAUUGCUGCUGAGAGUAGAGAUUCACAAGAUGAGCUCUGGGAAAGGAUUUCAAGGGAUGAGUAUAUGAAGUAUGCAGUUCAGGAAUGCUAUUAUGCCCUCCGAUAUAUACUGACAGCAAUACUGGAAGCUGAAGGAAGGACGUGGGUUGAGAGGAUAUAUGAGGGCAUUGAAGCCAGUAUAACGAAGAAGACUAUCAGUGAUGAUUUUCAACUAAACAAGCUGCAGCUGGUUAUUUCACGUGUUACUGCUCUCUUAGGAAUUCUGAAUCAGGCUGAAAAGCCGGAGCAUGAAAAAGGUGCUGUUAAGGCUGUUCAAGAUUUAUAUGAUGUUGUACGACAUGAUGUCCUUGCCAUCUAUUUGAGGGAACACUCUGAUCAGUGGCAGAGCAUAUUAAAAGCUAGGACUGAAGGUCGAUUAUUUGCAAAGUUGAAUUGGCCUAGAGAUCCCGAGUUGAAAGCACAAGUCAAAAGAUUGUAUUCUCUAUUAACGAUCAAAGAUUCAGCAUCAAAUGUUCCCAAAAAUCUCGAGGCGAGACGUAGACUGGAGUUCUUCACAAAUUCACUUUUCAUGGAUAUGCCCCCAGCAAGACCUGUGCAGGAGAUGCUGUCCUUCAGUGUUUUUACCCCAUACUAUUCUGAGAUUGUGCUUUAUAGCAUGAAUGAACUGUUAAAGAAGAAUGAAGAUGGAAUAUCUAUUUUGUUUUACCUCCAGAAGAUAUAUCCAGAUGAGUGGAAGAAUUUUCUUGCUAGGAUUGGCCGUGAUGAAAAUGCAGCGGAAACGGAACUUUAUGAUAGUCCUAGUGACAUCCUUGAACUUCGUUUUUGGGCCUCUUAUCGAGGACAGACACUGGCAAGAACUGUUCGUGGCAUGAUGUAUUAUAGAAAGGCUCUUAUGCUUCAAACCUAUUUGGAAAGAGAAAAUGCUGGAGAUACAGAGGCUGCACUUUCUAGAUUGGAGACAACUGAUACCCAAGGUUAUGAGUUAUCUCCCGAAGCUCGUGCACGGGCAGAUCUUAAGUUUACAUAUGUUGUUACAUGUCAAAUAUAUGGAAGACAAAAGGAGGAGCAGAAGCCUGAAGCUGCUGAUAUUGCAUUGCUGAUGCAAAGAAAUGAAGCCCUUCGUGUUGCUUUCAUUGAUGUUGUUGAGACACUGAAGGAUGGUAAAGUGCACACUGAGUACUAUUCGAAGCUUGUGAAAGCUGAUAUCAAUGGGAAAGACAAGGAAAUCUAUGCCAUAAAAUUGCCUGGAGAUCCAAAACUUGGUGAAGGCAAACCUGAGAAUCAAAACCAUGCAAUUGUGUUUACUCGAGGAAAUGCAGUUCAGACAAUUGACAUGAAUCAGGACAACUAUUUUGAGGAAGCCUUGAAGGUGAGAAACCUUUUGGAAGAAUUUGACCGUGAUCAUGGCAUACGUCCUCCUACUAUUCUUGGUGUCAGGGAACAUGUAUUUACGGGAAGUGUCUCUUCUUUAGCUUCUUUUAUGUCCAACCAAGAAAGCUGCUUUGUUACUCUUGGUCAGCGUGUUUUAGCAACUCCUUUGAAGGUCCGGAUGCAUUAUGGCCAUCCAGAUGUUUUUGAUAGGGUAUUCCAUAUAACAAGGGGUGGUAUCAGCAAGGCUUCUCGUAUUAUAAACAUAAGCGAAGAUAUUUAUGCCGGGUUCAAUUCAACUUUACGCCAAGGAAAUAUCACUCAUCAUGAGUAUAUUCAGGUUGGCAAAGGACGAGAUGUUGGGCUCAAUCAGAUUGCUUUAUUUGAAGGGAAGGUUGCUGGUGGUAAUGGUGAACAGGUUCUUAGUCGAGAUGUAUACAGGCUUGGGCAGCUCUUUGACUUCUUCAGAAUGAUGUCAUUCUACUUCACCACUGUGGGAUUCUAUUUUUGUACCAUGUUAACCGUGCUGACUGUAUAUAUUUUCCUUUAUGGAAGGGCUUAUUUGGCACUUUCUGGAGUUGGUGAAACAAUGCAACGGCGAGCUCAGAUAAUGGAUAACGCCGCUCUUGAAGCUGCUCUAAAUACUCAGUUUCUGUUUCAAAUUGGUAUCUUUUCAGCUGUGCCAAUGGUUUUGGGCUUCAUCUUGGAGCAAGGUUUCCUAAGGGCUAUUGUCAGUUUUAUUACAAUGCAGUUACAGCUUUGUACUGUUUUCUUCACAUUCUCCCUGGGUACAAGAACUCAUUAUUUUGGUCGGACAAUCCUGCAUGGUGGUGCAAGGUAUCAAGCUACUGGUAGAGGUUUUGUGGUCCGCCAUAUUAAAUUUUCUGAGAACUACAGACUAUAUUCUCGCAGUCAUUUUGUUAAAGGGCUAGAAGUUGUGCUUCUGUUGGUGGUAUACCUUGCAUAUGGGUAUAGUGAUAGUGCAUUGUCCUACAUUCUUCUAUCAAUUAGCAGUUGGUUUAUGGCUCUUUCAUGGCUUUUCGCACCCUAUUUGUUCAAUCCUUCUGGAUUUGAGUGGCAAAAGAUUGUGGAGGACUUCAGAGAUUGGACAAAUUGGCUAUUUUACAGAGGCGGAAUUGGUGUUAAGGGAGAGGAAAGCUGGGAAGCUUGGUGGGAUGAAGAACUGGCACACAUUCGCACCAUGAGAGGAAGAAUAUUGGAGACUAUUUUAAGUCUCAGAUUUUUCCUAUUCCAGUAUGGCGUUGUCUACAAGCUAAAUGUGCAGGGAACAGAUACGUCGUUGACGGUUUAUGGCUUUUCCUGGGUUGUACUUGCCGUUCUUAUAAUCCUCUUCAAGGUAUUCACCUUCAGCCAGAAGAUGUCAGUUAAUUUCCAGCUGCUACUGCGUUUCAUCCAAGGAGUCUCCUUCAUGAUCGCCAUAGCUGGUUUAGCCGUUGCAGUUGCGUUAACAGACUUGUCUAUCCCUGACAUAUUUGCUUCCAUCUUAGCAUUCGUGCCCACCGGAUGGGGAAUCCUGUCUAUUGCUACAGCUUGGAAACCAUUUGUGAAAAAGACAGGGUUGUGGAAAUCAGUGCGAUCGAUGGCACGAUUAUACGAUGCUGGAAUGGGAAUGGUUAUAUUCGUUCCGAUAGCAUUUUUCUCAUGGUUCCCGUUCGUCUCGACAUUCCAGACAAGGUUGAUGUUCAACCAAGCUUUCAGCAGAGGUUUGGAAAUUUCACUUAUCCUCGCUGGUAACAAUCCCAACACUGCCCUUUGAUCUUUUUGAUUACCAUAUAUUUCCACCAUAUUUGUUUUUCAAUCACCUCCCUAUUCAGAUAAACUUUAGAAAUUCAACACUGAAAAUAUUUUAAGUGUUCAAUUUUUAGUUAGUUUAUUUUUCAAUUUAACUACUUAGGAUGUAAAAAGAAAACAUGUAUGGCGUUAUUUUUUGUUUAGUAUAAAAUAUGGUUUCAUAAAA